UGACGCCAUCAGACGGCGCCCGGGCGCGCGGCGGCGGCGACGUCUGCGGCGGAGAUGGCGGCGGUGGCGGCGGCGCGCGCCCCCGCCGCGCCGCUGCUGGAGGCGCUGAGCGCGCUCCCGCCCUCCCGGCGCGCGCUCCCGGGGCUGGUGCGGGGGCUGCGGGACAGCGCGGGCACGCAGAGCGCCCAGGCCAUCGGAGGCCUCGUUGGUGUCACCAGCGCCCGCCUCGGCUCCAUGAAGACCCGGUUCGAGGGGCUGUGCCUGCUGUCGCUGCUGGUGAGCGAGAGCCCGACCGAGCCCUUCCAGCAGCACUGCCUGGGCUGGCUGCGCUGCCUGCAGCACCUGCUACAGUCGCAGGACCCGGCCCCCACCAUGGCGUUAGGGGUGGCCGUGCUCCACGACCUCCUGCUCUUCUCCUCCCAACUGCCCGAGCUGGCACGGGACAUCGGCACCAACCACAUCCCCGGGCUGCUCACCUCCCUGCUGGCCCUCAAGCCUGAGUGUGAGGUCUCCACACUGGAAGGCAUCAAGUCCUGCAUGACCUUCUACCCCCGGGCCUGCGGCUCCAUGCGGGGAAAACUGGCAGCGUAUUUCCUCUCCCGCAUUGACUCCGAGUCUCCACAGCUGCAGCAGCUGGCCUGCGAGUGCUACGCGCUGCUGCCGGCCCUGGGCCGGGGCUUCUCGCAGGGGCUGCGGCACACGGAGUGCUGGAACCAGGAGGUGCAGGGGCUGCUGGCCACCCUGCACGGGCUGCUCGGGGCACUCUUCGAGGGCAGCGAGACUGACCCACUGCCCUAUGAGGGGCCGGGGGUGGAGAUGCUGCUGCCGGCCCCCCAGGACGGGGACACCGGCUUCAUCCUCACCCUGCACAACCGUUUCUCGGGGCUGGCCCGUGUGCUCCAGCUCCUGCUCAGCAAGGAGUUCGUGGCGCCCGUCACCGUCCCCGUCCAGGACGUUUUGGACCUCAUCUGUCGUGCCCUGAACAUCACCAGCAAGAACAUAAACUGGUUUGGGGAUGGUCCCCUGAAGAUGCUGCUGUUGCCUUCCGUCCACCUGGACAUGCUGGACGUGCUCUCCUCCCUCAUCCUGGCGUGUGGGGCGCGCCUGGUGCGCUGGGGCAGCGUCCUGGGCCGCCUCUUCCCCCAGGUGCUGAGUGCCUGGAGCGGUGCCCGUGAGGCUGCGCUGCCGGGGCAGGAGAAGCCCUUCAGCGCGGUGCGCACCCGCCUGUACCAGGUGCUGGAGCUGUGGGUGGAGGUGGCGGGCGCUGCCUCGGGGGUGCUGCAGGGCCCCGGGGCCCCCGGCGAGGUGCUGCUGGCCCACCUGCUCAGUGACAUCACCCCCCCGGCUGAGGGCAUCAAGCUGAAGGCAGACCCCAAACCCAGCGCCCCGAAACGGCCCAAGCUGGGGGACGGGGGGGACUCCCCCGCCCUGCACCGCAAGCUGGAGCCGGCAGCCAACAGCGAUGUGUGCCGGGCUGCCCUGCGAGCGCUGCGUCGCGCCAUCCUGACGGGAGGGCCGCUGAUCAAGGAGGAGACGCACCGGCGGCUGCAGGAGCUGGUGGUGCCGCUGCUGCUGCGGCUGCCGCAGACCGAGGUCCCCCCGGGGCCCCCCGCCGCUGCCGCCGGCCCCCCCGGCACCCCCUAUGCCAGCCCCCCAUGCCGGGCCGCCCUCUACCAGCUGCUGCUGGCUCUGGUGCUGGCCCCCGCCCCCGCGGGGGCCCCCCCGCUGCACUGCGCCCUGCGUGCCUUCGGCCAGGGCCAGCGCGACCCGGCCCUCCAGGUCUCCUCCGUCUGCACCGAAGCUCUGGUGGUGGCGAAUGCCCUGGCCCGGCCCUGGGUGCCCCCCCUGCACCCCACUGCCGUCCCAGGGGCCCCCCCAGAGCCCCCUGCCCCCCCCCUUCCGCCCCCUGCCGCCCCCCGCCUUCCCAGGGGCACCCCGGGCUGCCCCCGCCAAUCCGCUAGGACCCCCCCGGCUGCCGCCGCUGGCGGAGGAGCCCCCCGGGGAGGCCCCCCCCGGGCAGCCCCCCGCCGCCCCUGGGGGCGAGGAGGAGGGCGGCCCGGCGGGGGGGCGUCCCCGGCGCCCCGUCUUCGUGCACUACGACAAGGAGGAGCCCUCGGACGUGGAGAUCUCCCUGGAGAGCGACUCGGACGACAGCGUGGUCAUCGUCCCCAAGCGGGGUGCACCCCCCUCGCCCCCUGGCCCCAAGAGCGGGGGGCCCCCGCCGCCACCCCCCCCUCGCCCCCGCUGGCUCCCCCCGAGCCCCCCGAGGAGCUGGGGCCCCCCCCGCCGCCCCCCGCCGCCCCCGCCGCCGCUGCCCCCCGUCGUCCCCCCGGCCGCCCCCCCGGAGCCGCCGGGGAUCCCCGGGGAGCCCGACCCGGCUGUGAUCAACAUCAACAGCAGCGAGGAGGAGGAGGAGGAGGAGGAAGAGGAGGAGGAGGAGGAAGAGGAGUUCGGGGAGGAAGAGUUCUUCGAGGAGGAGGAAGAAGAGGAGGAGGAGGAGGAGGAAGAGUUCGACGAGGAGGAAGAGCUGGGUGAGGAGGAGUACGAGGAGGAUGAGGAGGAGUACGAGGAGGAUGAAGGCCUCACCGAGGAGGAGGAGGAGGAAGAGGAAGAGGAGGAAGGGGGCCCCGAGGAGGGGCAGCCUCUGCCGGUGCCCGAGGAGCCCCCCCCGCCCCCAGGGGACACCGGUGCCCUGGUGAUGGAGGUGGACGAAGGCCAUCCGCCCCCCCCGGCCGGGGGGGGGGAGGAGGAGG